AACUAAAAAAGAAAAGAAAAGGAGUUUUUAACAGUUAUGAUUAUUCCAGUGCGUUGCUUUACGUGUGGGAAUGUCAUUGCGGAUAAGUAUUUGCUCUAUCUGGAUAUGAUUGCAGAAGGCGUCUCCGAGGAGGCCGCCAUGAACGCUUUUCAUCUUCAUCGUUUUUGCUGCCGUAGAAUGAUGCUCACGCACGUCGACAUGACGGAUUUAUUGCUGAAGUUUAACCCUGCGGAUACGAACGUGCUGAAAGAUCCUCUAGAAAGUUACGCUCAUUAAAAAAAAAAUUUUUGAGUAUAUUUUACAUGACUAGACAAACUUUAGGAGGGUAAAGGAAUAUGUCAAAAAGGGGAGAAAAGACAGAAAGACACAGUGGUGGAUUUGAGGAUGGAUUUUUAUUGGUAUACAUUUGGUUGAUAAAGGCACGUGUUUAGUAUUCUAUUGCGAGUUUCAGGGGUAAAGCUGAAUGUGUGUAACUUCAUAAGGGCGUAAUGAUAGUUCGCCUGUUAAGAAUGGGUUUCACAGCAAACCACAUGUCAUUCUCCCUUAGGUGCACCCUUCAAGGUUUCAUCGGUUUUCCUAUUUCAUGCAAACUGAAUAUUAGUGCAGCGGAUGAUUAAA